UAUAUAAGUGCACCAACUUGGUUUCUCUACAGAUUACAAAUAAUCAACCGUCCAAAAUGAAUAUUCAGCUCCUCAUCUUUCUCACAGCACUGACCACAGUAUUCGCUGUUUGUCCCACUAACUGGAGUGCACACAAUGACAGAUGUUUCUUCCUCAGCAAAGACAACGAGACGCUUGCCGGAGCACUGAAACUCUGCCAAGCAAUUGGUUCUCAGUAUGGCAGGACUGCGUCUUUGGCCACAGUGGACGAUGUCGCGACACAGAAAUUUCUUGAAAACCCCGUCAAACAGUCUGGAUACCAUGGUUUCUACAUUGGUUUAACUGAUAUCGUCGAAGAAGAUACAUUUGUUUGGAUAUCCUCCGGUAAAACUGCUACCUAUACCAACUGGGGUACCAUCCAGCCUAACAACAGAUAUGGAAACGAAAAUUGUGUAGUCUUUCGAAAUGAACCAGGCUAUGUAAUGACGUGGACAGAUGAUCCUUGCACCGAUCUCAACAAUUAUAUAUGUGAAAUGGCUACACCACUAUAUAAAAGCAAGAAAUUGGUUUCUCUGCAGAUCAUUAUUAAUCAACCGUCCAAAAUGAAUAUCCAGCUCCUCAUCUUUCUCGCAGCGCUGACCACAGUGUUCGCUGCCUGUCCUGCACAUUGGUCUGGACAUAGAGACAAAUGCUACUUCUUCAGUAGAGACAAUGAGACGUUUUCGGACGCUCUGAUACUCUGUGAAAUGCUAGGAGCCCAGUACCGUAGACCUGCAUCCAUUGCCACCAUAGAUAGCGCCAACACACAAAAAUAUCUAGCAAACCUGAUUAGGCACUCCGGAUCUAAUGCUUACUAUAUUGGUGUCAACGAUAUUGUCAACGAGGGCGAAUUUGUAUGGAUUUCUUCUGGACAGAAUGCUACUUAUUUAAACUGGGGUCCCGACCAACCCAACAACCGAUGGGGAAAUGAAAAUUGUGUUGUCAUUAGAAACGAUCCAGGUCAAGGGUUUGACAUGACGUGGACAGAUGAUCCCUGCACUGAUCUGAACACGUAUAUCUGCGAAAUGCCUGCUGCUGAGAUUCACAUUCCGAUUCUUGGAUAAAGAGUAAUGCAUUCUUAUUGUAUUUUGUGUGUUAUAUGUAUAUACUAUACUGUGAAAAUAAAAUAUUUUAUCUUUUGUC